AUGGGGCGAGGGGGCGGCACCGGAGGGGAGGUCGGGAAGGGGACGGGGAUUUUGCCCGCUUCCCUGCAAGGAGAUGGCGUGGUUGGAACUUCCCGCCACCCACAACCUGCUGGAGGAUUCUUUCCAGCCCGAAGCUGCGGUGUCUCAGAGAGGCCCUCAUUCAAUAUAUCUCUUUGGCUGCCACCUGAGAGAGUGUUUUUACCAAACGUCAUUCCUGAUCCAGCUUACACAGACCUUCCAUGUUCCCUGUCUACAGACCAUGAGCUCCCUCAGGUUCAAGGCAGCAAGACUCACGAUCCUGUUCACAGAAUGUGCCUGUUUUGCAGUCAUGGAGACACCCAGCCAGGUCCAAGCUGGUCUGCAUUGAUUUGAACAGAAGGUAGCGCUGGAACUGCUCUACUACCUGGAAGACCUCUGAGUUCUGGUUAAGUUCAUUUUGAUCCUGGUCGUAUCUUAAAGUGUACUUGCACACAGCUUGAGCCUGCCUGGAUGCUGUUCUUCAGUCAUUUCUCUCUUCUGCCCCAAUUUGUAUUCCUGCCCUCCAGCAUCACGUUGGUCAGAAUCCUCUCAUUCUCCUGCACAGGUAGGAAACUGCCUUUGCUCUUUGAAAACAUUGUUGCAAUUUUUACAAAUUGUAGAAGAAAAUUACGCUAAGUUAAAAGCUAUUGCUCAGUUCCCUGCAGUAAUGUUUCGUAUUUCCCCCCUACUUACUUCCACAAAGCGUUCAGCCCAGGCUGAUGCCCCAUUCCCAGGUGGCUGAGCCCUGCCUGCUCACUCAGCCCAGCACUUCUCUCAGCCCAGAAGGUGCACGACUGAGCUGCUCCCUGAAGUUCCAGCAAUCAUACACUGCCCCUCCAGCUGAGGGGAUAAGCUCUUUUGUUGUUUUUACACAAAAACAACUUGGAUGAUCAUAGUUUUGUGUGUCAGUGCUUACUGCUACUUAUUUAUUUUUUCCUUAAACACCAACUCGGUGAACAGAUACUUACAAUCUGUAGCUGCUCAGUGAUGCUGUAUGGUUUUUUAAUCUCUAGAGGCCAGAUGGAAGCGUGCUCCUUCAUCACUGCUUGUUUUGCAUAAUGUGGGAAUUGGAACUACAUUGGAGUAAGCAGACAGACACUUGAUGUGUAUUUUUUUCUCUUUCAUGCAUGGACUUUCUUCUUUUAUUUCCCAAUGUCAGUUUUCUGUAGGGAAAGUAACUUGUAUGCCCCAAAAGGGAAACAUUUUGGUCCUGGAGAAUUAGAGAGAAAGGGAUGCUCAGCUGGGGGGUUUCUGAGAGCUGAUGACUUAGCAAGGUUUCUGAACAAGCAGCUACUGGGCUGAUCCUGAACACUGUGGGGUCUGUGUCAUCAACUUUGUUUCAAGCUCUCCUGCAAUCCUCGCUCUGACUUUAGUUGCAAUUGUGGAUGUAUUUUCCGCUAUUCAGACUGCAAUCAAUUGAUUGAAAUCCAUAAAUAACAAGUUGAAAUUUAAGAUGCAGUACCAGGAUUGGGACUAAGGUUUAUGCACGUGAGAAGCUUUUUAUAGCUCACUCCCCCGAGAGUCCAAUCCUGGCCAGCCCCUGGCAAUGGGAAGGCCCUGGCUUUACCGCCAGCUUGUUGGAGGCCAACCCCACACUGCAACAGCAGCAGGGCCGCUCACACAGCCGUCUGUAGCAGCACUGCACCACGAGGCCUGCUGUGGCACUUGGCUGAGCUUUGUGGGUCAUGGGUGACGUGGUGUUAAAGUAACCACGAGAAACAGAAAAAGCAAGACAGACUAACAUGAAAAAACACAUUUUAUUGCACUUAAGUUAUAAGAAAAUAAAAUUUCUAAGUGAAUCAAACCAUAGACACAGUCCCUUUAAACGUCGUUUUCCUCCAUCUUGUCAGGUUGUUACAUAACUAAAAUUAACCAACUGGAAUCUGAUUGUUUUAAAUCAGACUAUAAAUAAAACAAAACAAAACAAAAAAACAAAACAAAAAAGAAAACAACAAAAAAGGAGGAAAAAAGCUCGCCUAGGAUACAGUGUUAAACCACUUUCACAGUUCAGCUUGAGUUGUGGCUCUUGGAGAAUGAGGCAAACUGUUUGACUCUUUCGAUUCUCAUUUUGUUUUGCAUGUGACAUCUGUACAAAAACGCCGUAAGUUUUUGCUCUGUCAGUUCCUCCCAGCAAUAACUGUAACAGUUGCGUGGUUGGUUGGUUGGUUUUUUUUCCUCAAAUACUGUAAAACACGAAGACUGACCAGCAACUUUAUUUUCCUUUUUUGUAUUUUAUCAUCUUUUUAAAAAAUUUUGUCAGUUUUUUUAGCUUUUUUUUUUGAAAUUUUUUAUUUUUUAAUGUUCAUUCCAUUCACCACAGCCCUCACAAAGAAAAAGUUUCCCCACAGAACAGGCUGCAAUGAGCUUUGUUCUAAGGAAUGUGUUUUCAUU